GGGCAGCUUUAGAGGGGCAACACCAAGCAAGCAGGGAAGGGAGCCUCUUAGCCCCAGCUAGAGGUCUUGAGAGAUGGAGAGCGCCCAGUACGACUCAGCUCCGACCUCCGAGAGCUAUCUCGGCUCGGAUGAAGAGACGGAGCUGGAGACAGAGGAGGAAUCCGAAGGAGAGGAAGAAACCACCGCAGAAACUGAGGAGGAACUGGACAGCAGCAGGUUAACAGACCAGAAUGAAGAGGACAAGACUAAGCAGGAGUGUAUUAUAUCUGAUCCCUCCUUUUCAAUGGUUACAGUUCAACGUGAAGAUAGUGGGAUAACCUGGGAGACCAGCUCGAGUAGGUCCUCUACUCCCUGGGCCUCAGAAAGUAGUUUAACUUCUGAUAUGUAUAGUAUGGAAGGGUCAACAGUAAGUUCUCCUCCAGGGAACAUUUCUUUUAUCUUGGAUGAAGGUAAAAAGGUUCGGAAAAGAACCCAUAAGUCAUCAUCAAAACAUGGCUCCCCAGCUUUGCGUCGGAAAGGAGGUAAAAAGAGACACUCCUUAGAAGGGCAAACAGAUGUUCCAGCAAAUGCAAAAGACAAAGCUUCAAUUUCAGAUGAAAAAUCAGAACAAGAAAAGUCAUCUUUUGGUACUUAUGAUAAAACUAGAAAAAAGAAGACUGUCUCAAACACACCCCCUAUCACUGGGGCAAUAUACAAAGAACACAAGCCAUUAGUAUUAAGACCAGUUUACAUAGGAACAGUACAAUAUAAAAUUAAAAUGUUCAAUUCGGUGAAAGAAGAAAUAAUUCCCCUACAAUUUUAUGGAACAUUGCCAAAGGGUUAUGUAAUUAAGGAAAUCAAUUACAGAAAGGGGAAAGAUGCAUCUAUUACUUUAGAACCAGAUGCAAAUCAAGACUCUAACAUAUUUUCCAAAGCAAGCAAAUCAGUGACCCAAAAUAUAGAGAGUAACAAAGAAAAACAGCUUUCUCCACCCUGGAGAGAAGCUAUAUCUAAAGAGUCCAGGCCAAUGCCAUCAUUUCUUAAGAAUACAGAAAAAUCAAAGGAAAUUAACUCAUUUUCACCACCAAAUACAGUUGCAGCAUCUGGGCUUAAACAUACUGUUUCCUCAUAUUCUAGUCAUGAAAUGAUAGAGCCUCAGAGUCUCACUUUAUCAGAUUCAGCAAUUCCAGGUGAAGAAACAUCAAUGAAUGAAAUACAAAUUGAUUCUUCAGAUGCUGCAACCUCAGAAUUGAUGUCACCCAAAAUGGUAAAGGAAGAGUUGAAAGCUGAAACACAAGAAACUGGAGUUUUACCACCCACAUUUUCAACCUCACCAUUUUUUGUGGAUGAGGUUGGAGAAGAAGAAAGAGAAUCUGAUUUAUUGGCAACUGCUGCUACAUCUAUUUCUAAGAAUCUCAGUUCAACUAAGGCAGAACAGGAAGCCUUUGAAUCAGAUUCACCAAUCACUGCAGCAUCUGCCCCAGAUUCUUUGGAUACAAAAGUAGAAAACUUGGGUCUGAAAGAAGAACCAGUUUCUCCAGCUGGUGAAUGGGAGAUGGAAGAGACCAAACCUGAACCCCCAGCCUUGAGAGAAAUGAAAGAGGAAGAAGGGGAUGUUUCCUUGCCAAUUACUUCAGGGCCAGAACUUGAAUCUUCAUAUGUUUCUGAAGAAGAGAUUAUUGAAAUUGAUUAUCCAGAAAGUUUAUCUCCCUCUGAAAAUGCCAUCCCACCUCCUUUGGUUCAUGAAGGGGAGAGAGAAGAAGCUGAACCUGACUUCCCACUAUUGGCCACAUCUACUUCUGAAAAUGUGGCUUUAUUAGAAAAAGAGAGAGAAGACAUUGGGCCUAUUUCUCCAGAUUCAGACUUUGCAUCUGAGUUUUCAAGUUUAUCAUAUUCAACCCAUGAACUAGAGGAAAAAGAAACAAAGCCAGUUUCUCCACCAGCUGUAUUGUCACCAUCUGAAUAUGAAAUUUUGUCAGAGGAAGAGACCUUGCCUUGUUCCCCAGAGUUCACAUCUGUAUCUGAGUAUUCCGCAACAUCUCCUACAGCAGAAGAGGAUAGUAUGGGAUACCAGUCCCCUAUACAUUUAGCAUCGACAUCUGAAGCUGCCAUCUUCUCAGAAGAAGAGACUCUAGAGAGUGAGCGUUAUACACCAGAUUCUACAUCUGCUUCCGAAUAUUCAAUUCCCCCAUAUGCAGCACAGGAGUUACAGAAAGGAGAAACCGGCCAACAGAAUGCCCCGAGUUCAGUAGCUACAGCUGAACAUAUGAUUAUAUCAGAAGAAGAAAAAGAUGACAUUGGACCCUAUUCUCCAGAUUCAGCAUUUGUCUCUGAAUACUCAGUUUCCCCUCAUCCAAUUCGAGAGUCAGAGAAAGAAGAAUCCGAACGGGAUUAUCCAAUACACGUCACAUCCCCUUCAGAACAUGCUAUUUUGAAUGAAGAAGAGAAUGAAGAGAUUGAGCCUUUUUCACCAGACUCAGCCUCUGACUUUUCAUUCCCACCUUACACAACACCUGAACCAGAGAAGAAAGCCAAUGAACCGAGUUCAUUGGAAACUGCCAUGUCUGUUUCAGAAUAUUCUAUUUUUUCAGAAGCAGAGAAGGAAGAAAUGGAGCCUGAGAUCCAAGCAGCUACAAUGCCUGUCCCCGAGCAAACCAUUUUGUCACAGAAACAAAAGGCCCAACAUUCCUCUUCGCUUCCUAAACAGUUGAAGGUGCCACCUUCAGCAGCUGAAGUAGACAAGGGAGAAGCCACAUCUGUAUCUGAAUAUCUUAUUUUGUCACAGAAGCAAAAAAUUGAAAGUACCUCUAAAGUUCUUGAGUCUGAACACUCUGAACUACCAUCUUCAACUGAUGAGAGAGAAAAGGAAGAAAUCAGACCUGAUUCAGCAAUACCUGCCUUCAUGAAGGCAGGCUCAUCUGAGAAAGAAAAAGUCAAGCCAGUUUUGCCACAAACUUCUGAAAGUGGAUCUCAAGAGUCAAUCGUACCAAAAUCAACUCAAGAAGAAAAGAAAGAGUUGGGGCUGGAACCUCCACAUGCUCAAAAAAUGGCAUCUGAACAUUCAGCUUUUUCGAAAGUAAGCAAGGAAGAAAUCACGUCCAGCUCCCAGGUUACUCCACCUGAACACCCAGCUUCAAUGUUGAAUAAAGAAAUGGAGCCUCAUUCGCCAAGCGUCCCAGAGUAUGUGAUGGAACCGUCAGUUGCACCUGGGAAGGCAGGGGAGAAAGUAGGAUCUGAUUCUAUGUCAAUUGAGACACCUGUGCCUCAGCAGGAAAUUUCACUAAAGAAUAAGGAAAACUUGAAAGACAGCCAACAGGCAAAAUCUUUAGCUGAAUCUGAAGUUUCACAAGCAGAGACAAAGGAAAAAGUUAGGCAAGACAAAGAACAAGCAGCCAUACCUAAAUCCCAGCAUCUGGUUUCAUCAGAGAAAGAGGAAACGCCACAUCUCCCUGAACUGAAAUUGUCAUCACUGUCAGAAGAAAAUAAAAAAGAAAUUGGGCUCGAUUCCCUACAAGCCACAACAUCAGAACUGAAACCUUCACUUUUGCCCAAAACAGUAAAGGAAGAAAUCCAUUCAGAUUCACCACUUCCCACAACAUUGGUGUCUGAUGAAGUCUUAUCAAAAGCGAGCAAGGAAGAACUGAAAGUCCAUUCAUUGUCAGAAGAAAAUAAAAACGGAAUUGCGCUUGAUUCUCCACAAGCCACAGCAUCAGAACUGAAACCCAAAACAGUAAAGGAAGAAAUCCAAUCAGAUUCACCACUUCCCACAACAUCUGUGCCUGAUGCAGUCUUAUCAAAAGCAAGCAAGGAAGAACUGAAAGUCUCAUCAUUGUCAGAAGAAAAUAAAAAAGGAAUUGCGCUUGAUUCUCCACAAGCCACAGCAUCAGAGCUGAAACCUUCACUUUUGCCCAAAACGGUAAAGGAAGAAAUCCAAUCAGAGUCACCACUUCCCACAACAUCUGUGCCUGAUGCAGUCUUAUCAAAAGCAAGCAAGGAAGAACUGAAAGUCUCAUCAUUGUCAGAAGAAAAUAAAAAAGGAAUUGCGCUUGAUUCUCCACAAGCCACAGCAUCAGAGCUGAAACCUUCACUUUUGCCCAAAACGGUAAAGGAAGAAAUCCAAUCAGAGUCACCACUUCCCACAACAUCUGUGCCUGAUGCAGUCUUAUCAAAAGCGAGCAAGGAAGAACUGAAAGUCCAUUCAUUGUCAGAAGAAAAUAAAAAAGGAAUUGGGCUUGAUUCUCCACAAGCCACAGCAUCAGAGCUGAAACCUUCACUUUUGCCCAAAACGGUAAAGGAAGAAAUCCAAUCAGAUUCAGCACUUCCCACAACAUCUGUGUCUGAUGCAGGCUUAUCAAAAGAAAAAGUGGAUCUCAGUUCUCCACCAACAAACCAUUUGGUUCUAAAUGAGAAACAAAAGAAAGUAGGUGAACCUGGAUCUUCAUCUAUUGAAACUGCAGCAGUUAAGUUUCCAGUCCGAUCAGAAGUAGAUAAAGAAGUGAAUUUACAUGCACCAUCAAGUGCAAGGGAUUCAGCAGAGCAUGCAGUUUUGUCAGAAGUGCUAAAAGAACAGGAAAAGCCUGAGUCACCAAUACCUGAGCAUUCAUUUUUAUCAAAGGUAGGAAAUGAUCAAGGUGUCCCACCUCUGACAGUUCCUGCAGCUGAACGUUCAACUUUGUCAGAGAAGCAAGCCUCUGAAUCAUCCACUCCAGCAUUAGUGACUGGAAGUACAGUUCCACCAUACAUGGCUGUUGAAAUGGAGAAAAAAGAUGCAAAAGUUCCUUCAUCAAAGACUGUAAUAUCAGUAUCAGAUAAAAGAGUUACUUCACAAGAAAAAGAAGAAAUAAAAUACCCCCUGCAUGAACUGGAAACUUUGGGGACAGAAGACUUAUCCAUGAAAUCAAUCACUCCUACAGGUGAGAGGAGUAAACAGGAAUCUGGAAUGUUGAUGUCAGAUAAAAGUUACUUGCUGUCAGAAAAGCCAAUUGUUCCUUCAUCAAGUCAUCCAGUAGAACCAGCACUGGAAUUAUCAGGGGUUAUGGCAGAGCUGUCACAAGGUUUAGUGAGUGAAAAUGGACACAAGGAUGCAAAACAGGAAAUCUCUCUCAUAUCAGCAACAGGAAGCUCCGUGCUAGAAAGGGCAAAGUCAGAGGCUAAGAUCAAGGAAGAAGGAAGGCAAGAGUGCAAACCUGUUUCGGCUGAGGUGGUCAGCAUGGUAUCAGAUCAAUCAGCAGCUUCUUUCGUUGAAAAAGAAAAUCCAGAACCUCAGCAAGAUAAUUUUUCAUUUAAACAGUUACUAGAAAAAUCAAGGGACUUGGUCGCCUCUAAUGAAGGAACGAAACAAAAAGGUCAUUCUUUGACUUCCAUGGAAAAUUUGGUCCCACAAGGCACAGGGGAUGUUUUGACCAAAACAAAUGAAAAUGAUGUCCAAACACCUUCAUUCCUUAUGUCUCAAAACAUACCUGAACCAUCCAAGAUGGCCUCUUUUGAUCUUUCUGAGGAACAAGCAAGACAAAAAUCUAUGCUUUGCCCAGAUGAUGUUGUUAAUUUAUCUGGCCCAUCAAUAAGCAGUCCCUUGGUUGAUCAAAAGGAUAUUUCUAUGAAAUCACUCUCAUUUGCAGAAACAAAUUUGCCUUUGGAAGAGUCAAAAUCUAUUGUGACAGUUAAGCCUAGAGAUGUUAAAGAUGCAAAAGAGUCCCUCUCUUUGCAAAAAGAAGGAAUUUGGCUGCAAAAAGAGCAGAGUCAAGAGCAGACUAGACCUGAAAAGGAAAGAGUGCUGGAGUCAAGGCAAUUGUAUUCCUCUGCCACAGAUGGAAGACCAGUGGGACAGUUUAUGUCUGUUUCACCUGAGAAGAAACAAACUUUUGAACAUAUAAAACAAGAAAACAUUUACUCAGCUGAAGAACCUGAUUUAUCAGCACAGAUACCAACAUCUCCUCUGGAUAGACCCGAGGAUCAUAGAGAGAAACUGACAACUCAAACCUACUUUUCUCCAGAAAUACAAAUGGCUGAAAAGCCAAGAGACACAGUUCUAGUUGAAAAAGCAGGUAGAGCUGAAGUUAAUGAGAAGCAAUUCUCUCCAUUAGUGGCUCCUGAAAGUGUGAUACCUGAAAAGUUAAGCACUGAAGAUGUCCAGGAAAAAUUCACACCAACUUCAGAAAGUGCCACUAAGAUACAAAUGCAAGUCUCUGGAGACCACAUAAGGGAGAAGGUAAAACCUGCAAUUAUUCCUUCUUCAGUUAAAGCAACCAGUGGUCUGGCAGAAGAUUCAAUAACUGUCUUAAGUAGUGAAAAAGAAGAUCUGAGAACUACACCAUAUUCUUCCACAGAGAAAAGGCUCUUGGAAGAAUCAAAAACAGACACUUCAAAGGUUGCAAAAGUUGCUGAUGAAGUCCAGCAGCCCAAAUCAGAGAAACCUAAGUCUGAAGUUAAAAUCUUAAUGCAAGAAAAAUCAGAGCUUUCCCCAAUUCAAUCUGGGGAAAUAACUGCAGCACUGGAUUCUCCAGAAUUAAUUAACAAAGUACCCAAGCAGGCUGAAACUGCUCCCCCAAGUACUGUCACUGAUGGUAAAGCCAAAAAAGGAGUUUCAUCUUUCACUUCGUGGAUGGCCAGUCUAUUUUUUGGAGCAAGUGCUCCAGAAAAGGAUGUUGAUGAAAAAGAAGCUCUGCCAAGCCCUGCUGCAGACACAUCUGUGUUGGAAGGGGAGGUUAAAAUGACAGUUCCAGCUAUCCCUGAUGACUUUAAUGAAGCUGAGAAACCAGCACCGUCUCCUUUAUCAGUGUCAGGAGUUUUGCCUGAGAAAGAACCUAAAGCCAUUUUAAUUAAAGCCAGUGAAGAAAGGGAGCAGAAAGAAACACCAUUAUCUUUACCUAACCAAGUAGAUAAGGAGUCAUCCAAGUUGGCUGCCGUAAGAGUUGAAAAGAUGUCACAAAAAUCAGAGUUAUUACAAACUCAUCAUUUACCAGAGUCAAGACUGUUAUCUGAGGCAGAAUCUAGAACUGCUGUAACAGAAUCUGGAAAACCAAGACAGCUCAAAGAAGACUCUGUGUUUUUAUCUGCCAUGGAAAAGGAUGAAAGUCAACAACUAUCAUUUGCCAAAACAGAUUUGUUUAGGGAACCACAGAGUGCUUCAGUGGGCCCCACAGAAAGGAACAAAGAAGAGAGUUGUCAGUCUCCUUUGGCAAAAAAAGAAAAGUUAAUUUUGGGAAGAUCUGAUGCUAUCACAGUCAGCCCUGAGGAGGAAGGUGAACAAAAAGAAAGUAUUACAGAUGUAUUUCUAGGUGAAAAUAAUCAAAGGACUCAGCCUCACUCAGCAGGGAGAACCAAUUUUGCCUCUGAAGAAUCAGGAAUCACCUUUGGUAUUUCUCAUGAUGAAACUGAAAAUCUGAAAAAUCAAACAUAUUCUUUGGCUAAAGCAAAAUCAGUUACUGGAGAAUCACACAUGGUAUUCUCAAUGGCUCACCCAGAAAUCAAGGAAACAAAAACAGUAGGAAUUCAGCCAACUUCUUUAAGGGAGAAGGAUUCAUUGGAAGAAAAGACUAGAACAUUAAUUCCAACUAGUCCCAGUCACCAGGUUGAAAUAGACCAGGAAAACAUUUGUGCUUUAUCUGAUAUGGAAAGUCUGAGGUCUAAAGUACCAAGUCACAAUGAAGAAAAGGAACAACACUUGCUUUCCUCUGAUAUACCACGUGCUCUGGUUGAGCCUUCAAAAGAGAUUUUACCUGAUAUUACCAAGGAAAGCAAGAAGCAAGAGUCACAACCGGAAUUUGGUAGACUAGUAUCCAGAGAAUCUAAAACUCUAGAUAGUCCCUUUGAUGAAUCAAGGAGUUUAGCUCAAUUACCUUCUUCUCCAGAAGCAAUUUUCUCACCUGUGAAAUCACCAAAUGUGAUUUCAGUAUCUUCUCCAGAAGUUAAUAACUCAGAAAUUUCAUCACUGGAACUAACUGGAGCAAGUCAGACUUAUCGAGCCAAAGAUGGUGCACCACAUUCACCUGUGCCAUCUACUUUUGUCUCAAAACAAGUUUCUGAUUUUCAGACAAAGCCCAUGGAAGAUUUUCAGGUUGAUAAAUCAUACCCAUCAGCAGUUCAUGAUUCUAAUGAAGUUACACAUGAUAUGCCAUCAACUAGUCGUAAAGAAAUUUCUUCCACUGGAGGCAUAAUGAAGGAAUCUGAAAAUCUUUUUGUAAAAGAUGGAGCAUUUGCAGCUUCCAUGGUGACCAGCAAACCCCCUGGCCUUACAGAAGAUCAAAAAAAUGCGUUUAGCAUCAUCUCUGAAGGUUGUGAGAUAUUGAACAUUCAUGCUCCUGCUUUUAUUUCAUCAGUUGAUGAGGAGGAGUGUGAAAAAAUGCAGAAUAAGUUAGAGUACUUGGAAGAGAAGACUUCACAAAGCAUUCAGCCCUUACAUGAUGGCAGUGAUGUGACCGAAAGCCAUGAAGUUUUGAGAAAUGAGUCCCUUGCAGGUGACUCAGAUGUAGAUAUAUCCCUGGGGAAGGGAAAGAUACAAGAGAAAACUCACCCAGCAGAAGAGGACAUUUCCACAGACUCAGAUGUGCCCUUCAAUUAUGAUAUGAUGCCCAGUGAGGUAGAUUAUUUUGAAAAAUAUACUCUGAUUGAUUAUAACAUCUCCAAAGAGCCACUAAAAAAGGAAUCUUUUCAAAAGCAAGAUGUUGAAGGAGAACCCCAAGAGAAAAUUCCUGAAGAAAGUACCUCUUUCCCAGAAAGUUCAGCAGAUAAGACUCUGGAAUGUGAGUUUGAUUUGGUGAAAUUAGAUGAAAGCUUUUAUGGAAUGGAAAAGGAGGAGGGCAAAGUUUCUCAUAAAGAAUCUCAACCAUCUUUACCUACCCUCAAAUCAACUGACAGUGAGACUCCAAGGGAUGUAAACAGAGACGUGAAAUCAAAGUCCCCUGGAAUGCCCUUAUUCAGUGCAGAAGAAGGAGUAUUGUCCCGAAAGCAACUAUGUCCUAUGGAAGUUAAAGCUAUUAACCCAGAGCUGCUGGAGGAACAACCAGCACUAGCCUUUUUAUAUAAGGAUCUGUACGAAGAGGCAGCUGGGGACAAACAGAAGGAAGAUGAGACCAUCUCUGAUAAGGAAAGCUUGAAUUCUGAUGGCUCAUUUCCAAGCAGACAUUCCGAUGCUGAAGAAGAAACUGGAAUGUAUUUUGAAAAGUACAUUCUCAAAGAUGAAAUUCUACACGAUGCAUCUGGAUAUCAGAAAGACCAAAGCCAACCUCUGGAAGAAAUACCAGUUGAUAAAAAUGACUCAUGCCAAGUAAAAACUGGAAAAGGAGAAGUCAGGGGGAGGUUUGAAACUGUUUUAGGGGAGAAAAGCAUAGAGGAGGCUAUGUUUGGUGAAGGGGAAUUACAAAGCAGUGUGGAAAACCAUAAGAAUAAAGAGGUACAGGGGAAAGUGCCCAUCACUGAGGAAGUUCAAUUGGCUUCUCAGAAAAUAAGUUAUGCAGUGCCCUUUCAAGACACACAUCACAUUUUGGAGAGGGUAGAUGAACCUGUUGACCAGGCUAAUGAGGAAGAAAAUGCCAGUCCUGAGGUAAGUCAGCACUUCCCUGUGGAAGUGUCUUACCCAGAAGAAGAAUCCAUGUCAGGUGCAACAGCUGCUCCAGAAUACCUGCAAGUAGAACCUCAAGGAUUUGUACCUCCUGAAAUGAUGGAGUCAAGAGCCCACAGUAGCCCUGUUCAAGAUGAAUAUGAGUUUGCAGAAUUAACAAGUUAUGGAGAGGCUACUCGAGAGAAUCUCUUAUCAGAUGACUUGUUCUCAGAAUCCACGCCUGAAGAUGUCCUGUCCCAAGGCAAGGAGUCUUUUGAGCUUGUUGGAGAAAAUGCUGAAUUUGUGAAGGAAGAAGAACAAAGUAGGUCUAUUCCGCAGAAGGAUUUGGGAUCUGAGGUAGUAGAGCCAGAGCGACCAUUGGCCGAGGCAGAAGAUGCACAGAAAGAAGCCAAAAAAUCCCAGAUCGACACAUAUUGCUACACAUGUAAAUGCCCUAUUUCUGCAAUUGAUAAGAUAUUUGGGGAACACAAAGACCAUGAAGUUGCAGCACUUGACACAGCUAUUGAUGUGGUCAAGAUUCAAUUAGGGGAAUUUCUAGACAAUUUAAAAGAAAAGUCUCUGAAGAUUGAAGCCUUUGUUACUGAGAUUGAAUCAUUCUUCAAUACUAUUGAGGAAAACUGUAGCAAAAAUGAGAAACGGCUUGAAGAACAGAAUGAAGAAAUGAUGAAAAAGGUGCUGGCCCAGUAUGAUGAGAAGGCACAGAGUUUUGAGGAGGUGAAGAAGAGAAAAAUGGAAUACCUGCAUGAGCAGAUGGUGAACUUCCUACAGAGUAUGGAUACCGCCAAGGAGACUCUAGAGACAAUCGUCAAGGAAGCAGAAGAGCUCGAUGAGACUGUUUUCCUGACCUCAUUUAAAGAAAUCAAUGACAGGUUGCUUUCUGCUAUGGAGAGCACAGCUUCUCUGGAAAACAUUCCUACUGCAUUUUCACUUUUUGAGCAUUAUGAUGACCGUUCUACAAGAAGUGACCAGAUGUCAAAACAUGUAGCAGUACCACAGCCCCCCAUAUUGGAACCUCAGGAACCCAACUCUGCCACCAGUACAACGAUUACAGUGUAUUGGAGUGUGAGGAAAGAGGAUGUAAUUGAGUCUUUCCAGGUUUACUGCAUGGAAGACCCUCAAGAAGAUAGUGAAGCAAAUGACUUGGUGGAAGAAUACCGACUUACAGUGAAGGAAAGCUAUUGCCUUUUUGAAGAUCUGGAACCUGGUCGGUGUUAUCAAGUAUGGGUGAUGGCCGUUAACUUCACAGGAUGUAGCCUGCCAAGUGAGAGAGCCAUUUUCAGAACUGCACCCUCCACCCCAAUAAUUAAGGCUGAGGACUGCACAGUGUGUUGGAACACUGCCACCAUACGCUGGAGCUCCGCCAACCCCCGGGCUGCUGAUGCUUAUACAGUGGAGUAUUGCAGACAGCAUUCCCCAGAAGGAGAGGGUCUCAGAUCUUAUUCUGGAAUUAAAGGAUUUCAGCUAAAAGUUAAUCUCCAGCCCAAUGAUAACUACUUUUUCUAUGCAAAAGCUGUCAAUGCUUUUGGGACAAGUGAACAAAGUGAAGCUGCCCUCAUUUCCACCAGAGGAACCAGAUUUCUCCUACUGAGAGAGACUGCUCACCCUGCACUACAGAUCUCUUCAGAUGGGACAGUAAUCCGCUUUACAGAGAGAAGGCGACUCACUGAAACUCCAUCUGUUCUGGGUGAGCAACUACCUCCCUGUGGCCAACAUUACUGGGAAACCACAGUAACAGACUGUCCAGCAUAUCGUCUUGGAAUCUGCUCCAGUUCUAACAUGCAAGGCAGUGCUCUGGGACAGGGAAAUGCUUCUUGGUAUAUGCACUGUUCUGAGCCACAGAGGUAUAAAUUUUUCAGCAAUGGCACUGUGAGCAACGUCCACGUGACUGAACAUGCAGUCAGAGUGGGCAUCCUGCUAGACUACAGCAACCAGAGACUUUUAUUCAUAAAUGCUGAGAGUGGGCAACUGCUCUUCACCAUCAGGCACAGGUUCACUGGGCCCAUUCACCCUGCCUUUGCCCUAGAGAAGCCUGGACAAUUCACCCUGCACCUGGGGAAAGAGCCGCCAGAUUUUUUGAGGCAUAAAUAAUGAUUUGCUUUCAAAAUAGUGUUAUUUGGAGGAGAAAGAAUUCACAUUUAAGGGGUCUGUUCUUUCUAUGGAUCCUCAGUACAUGUGCCCACAUUCACACACACAACUACUAAUGAUAAUAUUACAUAUGCUAAUAAUAACAGCACACACAGGACAACAUUACCUUUCAUUUGUGUGGCCUUGGGUCAGAAAAAAGGUUGAACAACCCCAUGCCCAUUGAGUUAUACAUUGUGAUGUAUACUCAAAAUAAAUUUCUAAAGUAAAAGUUUGGGUUAGAUCUGUGGGUCAAAAUGGAGAGAGCCACAUUCAUGCAAAGAAAUUCUCUCUUCUUCAUUAUCAAGGAAAUAAUUACCAUGAUGGACAGUGGAGGAAAAGGAAAGUGGGAAUGAUGAUGAUCUACCAUAUGAAUGAGUUGCUUCUCCCACUAAAGGAAUAUCUGACUCUUUCCACAAGGGAAUAAAACAUAACAUGUCCUAAGACAUUUCAUCAUGACAAAAUGAGUCCCAGAUGUGGAAUAAUAUCUCUCACUCUGAAAUAUGUUAUUGUUGUAAAAGUUAUAAUGAACUAUUGUAUAAUAUUGUAUACUCUUGUACAUGAGCCCCUUUUCUCUCAAAAUCAAAAUGUAGACACUACUAGACUUUAGGAAUUUGCUUUUCUAUAAAUAAAUGGAUAGAAAAUAUAAAAUAAAAAUGGUGGCCAUGAAGAUGUUAUUAUACACAAUGAAUUAUAGAUCAACUUAUCUAUAUAUUUUAUAUAUCAACUUAUCUUCUCAGGAAUACCUGGGAAAAGCUGAUGGGUGUUAUAUCUCUGUAGGGGCUGAUUUUUGAUUAAUUUUUAAAAUAUGAAAAUGAUACUUCAAAUUCUUCCAAAAAAAGUAUCAGUUCAUAAACAAGAUCAGCUAUGAGAAAAAGAGGGAAUUUUUAUGUUUAUUUAAGUUAUUGCUUCACAUUAGAUAUAGUUUUUAAUAACAUGUUAUAGCUUUUAAGAGCACAUUGUAGUUUUUAAGAGCAUGUGAUUUUUUUUAACACCUUUUGUCAUUACAUCAGUCAUUUAUGAAAACAAUGACAAAAACAAUUCUUUUCAGACCUCGCAUACUGAAUUCCUUCCCCAUGUAACAAGGAAAAACAACCAACAAACCCAUUCACCUACCCAAUCACACUCAGACACACACACACACACACACACACACACACACACACACACACACAUCUGCUUCAAUGACUACAUCUGAAAACAUAUUCAACUUUCUGCUGUAAUAUUCCCUGAUCUUGAGCCCAGAUCAAUCUGGCUCAAGAAAGCUGAUGGUUGAAUUUUGAGUGUGAGCAUUUGCACCUGGGAAAUUGGCUGACAAUAAAAUUAGAUCUUGAUUUAUUGUUAUGGGUAAUGUCUAGACUUAUGAAAGUUAUGGGGAAAAUAUUAUUAAUGCAGAUUAAACUUUAAACUGUG